GAUGGGAUCGAACCCAUGUGGGAGGAUGAAAGGAAUCGACGAGGGGGCCGCUGGCUGAUAACUCUCUCUAAGCAGCAACGGAAGUCCGAUCUGGACCGGUUCUGGUUGGAGACGCUCCUGUGUCUCGUCGGUGAAGCGUUUGAUGACCACAGCGAYGAUGUGUGUGGAGCCGUCAUCAAUGUUCGAGCUAAAGGCGAUAAAAUAGCCAUUUGGACCACAGACUUCGAGCACAAAGAGGCCAUCACACACAUCGGGCAAGUGUAUAAAGAGCGUUUAGGUGUUCCACCCAAAGUGAUCAUCGGCUAUCAGUCACAUGCAGACACGGCCACAAAGAGUGGCUCCAACACCAAGAACAAGUUUGUUGCCUAGCCCGUAGAUUCUUCUGAAAAAUGGCCUUAUUAUUUGACAACAUUCAUUCCUUCUGGAUUUUUUUUUUCUUAAAUGUAAAGAAUCUGUUGGAACAAUCAGAAAACAUUUGAUUUGGAGAUCUUUUUUGUUUUGGUUUGCCUGUUUGACACUUUACCAAAGCUUUUGUUUAUUAUACCACACUGUGUACAAAUAAAUAUAUCACUUGUAGCAGUCAUAA